AGAAAACCAAGCAAGUUUACACGCCCAAUCCAAGGCGUUUCCUUGCGAUUUGGCAAUGCGGAAGCGCGCGGAGCCCAAACUCUGGCGGUUGCGCGGAUACAAGCAGGCGGAGAGUAGGAAGUAUCCGGCUGACGUUUUCCAGCAGCUUCCUCGCCAAGGCAGAUCCGCGCACUGUUGCAUCAAAAAUGGACCUCGACAUCCAGUCCAAAGAGCUCAGUGGGUCCAGCUGGAAGGAACUUCUUCCAACUCUGAGCCAGUACAAAACCAUCAGAUUGGAUGACUGUAGUCUAUCAGCUAGUCAUUGUAAAGAUCUCUGCGCCUUUCUGAGCACAAAGCAAACAUUGACUGAACUGAAAUUGAACAACAAUGAACUGGGAGAUGCUGCUGUAGAGUUGCUGUGCAAAGGAUUGCUGAGUCCAAGCUGUAACCUUCAGAAACUAUGGCUGCAGAACUGCAACCUCACCAAAGGCUGCUGUGAGAGUCUCCGUUCUGUGCUCAGCAGCAAGCCAUCCCUGACUGAGCUUCACCUGGGAGACAACAGUUUGGGCACAGCAGGAGUUAAGAUCUUGUGCCAGGGACUUCUGGAUCCCAACUGCCAGCUGGAGAAGCUUCAGCUGGAGUACUGUGAGCUCUCAGCAGAGAACGUGGAGGCUCUCAGCUCUGCCCUGCGCACCAAGCCAUCCCUGAAGGAACUCAACCUGAGCAACAACAAACUAGGGGAUGCCGCAGUGAAGCAGCUUUGCCAGGGCGUGCUGGACGACAACUGUAACCUGCAAUCACUGCAACUGGAGAGCUGUGACAUCACACCUGCCAGCUGUCGGGACCUCAGCGCUGUGCUAAGUUCAAAGCCGUCCUUGACUGAGCUCUGCAUAGGCGAGAACAAGAUUGGUAACACAGGUGUAUCCCUCUUGUGCCAGGGGGCCUUGAAUCCCAACUGCAAAAUACGCAAGCUGUGGUUAUGGGAAUGCAACAUCUCAGCGCCUGGCUGCAAGGACCUCUCCAAUGUCAUUGGUACCAAAGAGACUCUCAAGGAGAUGAGCCUGAUUGGAAAUGAUCUAAAAGAUGCAGGGAUGGAGUUCUUAUGCCAAGGACUGAAGGACCCAAAAUCUAAACUUGAGUCAUUGUGGCUAAGAGAAUGUGGUUUGACUUCAGCCUGUUGCAAGAGCCUUGGCUCUGCUCUCAGCAUGAACGGGACUCUGAAAGAGCUGCAUAUCGGUGGAAAUAAUCUGUGUGAUGCAGGGGUGACUGAUCUCUGUGAAGGAGUUCUGAGCCCCAGCUGUAACCUGCAAUCCCUCUGGCUGGGACAAUCGGAACUCACAGAGGUUUGCUGCGAUAAGCUUGCCGAAGUCAUCGUUGGAAAACCCUGCCUACAAGAACUGGAUGUAAGCUACAGCCAUAUAGGAGAUGAGGGUGUGCGUAAGCUCUGCGAAGCAGUGAGAAGUCCCAACUGUAACCUGAAGUACCUGAUUUUGUACGACACUUACUGGACUGCUGACGUGGAUAAUGAGCUGAAGGCCCUGGAAGAAUCAAAGCCUGGAUUUAAAGUUGUUACAUGAGUGGUGCAACAUUGCUGUGGCCACUUCGACUGCCUUUUCUUCUGUUGGGAUUCUUUUUGUAUACCAAGUCACCAGACCAUAUGAUGAUGGACUUUUAUGAUUCCAGAUUUCAUGGAGCUGUGAUAUGUCUAGAAACCACAUUCAAAGCUAGGAAUGUGUUGGUACUUCAGUGGUGAGGCAGCAUGGGGAAAGUUCUGGAAUUAUCUGCUGAGUCCAGAAUGCAUAUGCUGGUGGGUUUUCUGCCUCUUGGGAAAUACUAAGAUCAGCACAAAGUAGAAUACGUCUCCUGCCAGCUGCCAUAAAGCAAUAAUGGUUACUUGCAGAUGACUUGAAACUCUUCCCUUGGGAAGAACUAUAUUGGAGACUUUUAGAAAAAUUGGGGAAUAAUGCCCAUUUUUUAAUUGCCAAAAAUUAGGAUGCAACAUUGCCCCUCCCGUUAAGUAUCUCUGAUAUUAAUAGUUUCUGCUGAGAAUGCAAGGAGUGAACUUUUUGUAUCUUGAUCAACAAAUCUAGCCCUGUAGGAAUAUAAAAUAAAGUUUGAUUGCAAAGAGA